CGAUGAGGUGGCAGGAGUUCAUGGUGGGGGUGCAGUGUGGCCUCCUCAUGUUCCCAAUCAACAUCCUCAUCAUCACCAUCUUCCGAAGCAUCCGACCUCGGAUUGUUUCGAAAUCUAAAAACGACGGCUUCACAGAAAAUGUCAGACCGCCUGCCAUCACCAUGCCAACAAUUCUGAGAGAGACUGAGGAGGUGAUUUCUCUGGUGAGCAUGAGUGAGAGAAAUAAGAUGCCAGAGCUGCUGAAGCUGGAGUCCGCUGAUGACCUUUGCCCUGCUUUGGACAGGUUACACAUCUUUAUCCAGCAUAUGCAAGGUAUCAUCAUCUUCUGUAGCCUGUCAGAAAAUUAUAAAGAAAAAAAAUGUAAUCUGUUUGUCAAACUUUUGAAGCACAAAGUGGUUUUCAUGUUAACGGGACAAGCAACCACAUUUUAGAUACCCAAGGGAAAAAAAUAGACCUUGGUCUUGAGUCAGAAAAGGGUAGAAUGCCUU